CUCGACAUAGAAAUCAUGAAAUUCGCAAUUGCUUCGCUUUUUGCCUUGGUGGCGUUGGCAUCUGCAGCUCCAGCAGUAGAGCAAACCCCAAAACCAAUCGCUAUCCUAAGAAGUAGUGAAAAUGGGCCAAAUCCGGAUGGUUCUUACAACUGGAGUUACGAAACCGAAAAUGGAAUCCAGGCCCAAGAACAGGGGGAAUUGAGAUCCUUCGCUAAGUCCGCAGACGCUGAAUCAAAUGGAGCUGCAGUCGUGGCCCAAGGAGCUUUCAGCUAUACUGCCGAUGAUGGAACCCCAAUUUCCCUUACAUACAUUGCUGACGAAAAUGGUUUUCAGCCCCAGGGUGCCCAUUUGCCAGUUACCCCUGCAGUUCCAGAGGGCAUCCUCAGGGCUUUGGAAUGGAUCGCAAAUCACCCGGAAGAAGACAAACUGACUAAAUAAAUAACCAGAUUUUGAAAUUUGCUUAAUAAAAAAAUGAUAUAAUUUCAAAUGGUAUUUCAUUAGCAAAAAAAAAAUUAAGAACGAUAAAAAUUUAUAUUCCUUUAUAGGGUCCAAAAUUAUUAUUAGUAUUAAUAUUACGAUGCGUCUAGUCCCGAGCAAUUGAGGCAGCUUGGAAAAAGUUGCAGUGCGAUAAGAUAUUUCGUUAAUGUUAAUAUUAGUUCUAAUUGUUAUAUAUCUUGAUAUUUGUUUACAAUUUGAAUUAAUAUCCUUUUUUUAACAAUAGUAAUUGUAGAUAAAGAACUGAGAUACAACUGACUGGCUCUGUGCCAAAAUGUACAAACACUUUUUUACGUCUUUCAGCUCAGAACAGUUGGUGUUUUUAUUUUUAUUUUGAAAAAAUAGUU